AGAAGGCAUGCAAGGAAUUACAUGGAACCGGCCAUUGUUCACAAGUGGAAAAUGGAUCAGCAUGAUAAUUUCCAGCAUCAAUUGCGCCUUGGUGGGGUGGUUGCAGUGGGAGGAGACAUGAGGGCUGAUUCUCCAGGGCACUCAGCAAAGUUUGGCAGCUACUCACUGAUGAAUCUGGAGAGCAACACUAUUAUGGACAUCCAACUGGUUCAGAGCAAUGAAGUAGGUGGCAGCUAUCACAUGGAGAAGGAGGGACUGAAAAGAUGCUUAGAUCACCUGGAGUUGAAUGGAUUGAAGGUGGAGUACAUUGUAACAGACCGUCAUCCACAGAUCCAGAAAUUUCUGAGGGAACGCAGCUUAACUCAGUUCUAUGACGUUUGGCACUUUGAGAAAGGUUUGUCCAAAAAGCUUCAGAAAGCUUCGCACAACGAAGACUGUGAUGUCCUGAAGAAGUGGCUGCAGAGCAUAAAAAAUCAUGUCUACUGGUGUGCCACAUCAUCAAGCACUGGACCAGAAAAGGUGGCAAAGUGGACAUCACUGCUAAACCACCUACAAAAUGUUCAUGUCCAUGAAGACCCCAUUUUCCCCAAUUGUCUGCAUCCUGACCACGCCUCAAGGGAUCCCAAUAAAUGGCUGCAACCUGGGUCAGUUGCACUUCACAAAGCUGAGAAAAUACUGCUCAACAAGAGAGUCCUGAAGGAUGUAGAGAAACUCAGCCACCAUCACCAGACCUCAUCACUGGAGUCUUUCCACAGCCUGAUACUGCGUUUUGCACCAAAGAAUGUAGUUUUCCCCUUCAUGGGAAUGUUGUGCAGGUUGUAUUUAGCAGCAAUGCACCACAACGAAAAUGCUACACGGGAACAAGCCACAACGUCUACUGGACAGGCAGUUUUCAAGGUCGUUUUUCCAAAGUCGAAGAAAGGGGAAGGCACUGUGAAGCCCGUGAAAACAAAACCAACCUUCAACUAUGUACGUGAACUCAUGAGGCUGCUCAUGCAAGAAGUUUUUGAAGACCCCACAUCAUUUGCAGAGGAAAUGAACACCAUCCCCAUCCCUCCAGACCUCUCAGCAGAAUUUCCCAAAACCCCAAAGGCUGAGCUGAUUGCCCGUCAUGUCUCCCGCUUCAAACAAUAGGUAGUCUGAAGCCUGUGUAAUUACCAGACGGGAACGGCUGACGUAUUCACUGCAUCACUCUUAAAUAACUUUACUUUUUUAAUGUUUUAGUUUCAUACUCUAUGGAAGUUAUACACUAUUGUCAACAAUGUUUACAUACCUACAAAUGACAUAAGAAUAAUGCUUUUGUUUUGUUUAGUAAGAGCUUAUUACAGCCAAAGUAACUUACUAUUCCUCUGUUCUGUGCCAAACAGGUCAAUAAUCAUAUUUUGUAAAUGUUGUAGAUAAUAUUUUAUAGACUGCAUGGGUUUAGACACACAGGCUCUAGGCCUGGAUCUUCUGACAUGCACAUUACAGUUACUGGCACAUGUCUCUUUUGUCUUUGUACCUAAUAAAGAACAUAAGACAAAAUAACGAA